AUGUCAGGAAAUACCGCUCAACCUGAUACCUCGCAAUCAGAGAACGCAAGUACUCCUACCUUAGACGGUCCACCCCCAUUCAACAACCCCAGCGCCGACGUUAUCCUGCGCUCCGCCGACCAUGUCGAUUUCUUUGUGCGUAAGGGCAUUCUCUCCGAGGCCUCGCCCGUUUUCGAGGCCAUGUUCUCCCUCCCGCCCGUUCCAGAGAAUCGGAAGCGCAAGGCCGCAGACUUCGACGCAUCCAACGACGAAGAGUACCGCGACGGAGUGCCCGUCGUGACCGCCACGGAGGAUAGCGACACACUCGACGCGCUUUUGCGCCUCUGCUACCCCAUGGACGAUCCACAACUCGCGACGCCGCACGCCGCGUGCGCGGUGCUCGUCGCGGCGCGCAAGUAUGACAUGGACUACGCCGCAAAGCGCGCCAGCGCGCAGUUCAUCGCACACGCACGCGCGGACCCACUUCGCGUGUACGCCCUCGCGAUACGGAACUGCUGGGAAGACGAGACGCGUGCCGCCGCGCUGCACUCGCUCGACACCCCGCUCGACGGCGUCUACAUCGCGGAGAUGGAGGACAUCAGUGCGGGCGCCUACUUUCGCCUCCUCGAGUACCACCGCGCAUGCGGCGCGGCUGCCUCGGCGCUUGUGGCGGUAUCGCCCAACGACCGCCUUGAUAGAAACAAGGCAAGGCGGACGCUGGCGUGGCUGAAGCAAGCCGACUCGGACUGGCUUUGGUUGAGCUGCCGUUACUGUGCCGCCUCGACCUUUGCCAUCGGUGAGCAAUCGGUGAUCAAGCGCGCGCCUGCGUGGUGGCGGCAGUACUUGCUUGACACUGCUGCGGCGCUGACGGCCAAGCCCCAUCGCUCGACCGUGGAGGACCCCUCGCUCUCCAGCGUCGUGGCCCAUCUGGCGAUGGAUACCGACUUCUGUUCGUACUGCAGAUCAGCUUUUGCGAUGGACUACGAUUGUUUGAAAAGCUUGGCCAGCUUUACUGACCAACUAGCGGAUGAAAUUGACAAUGUCGUGGCGAAAGUGGAGCUGGGAAUCGAGCGGUAG